AUGAAUGGGAAAAAAUCACAUGCUAGAGAAAUUAGGUGUGGGGUACCACAAGUUUCUAACCUUGGCCCCAUCCUAUUCCUCUUGUAUAUUAACGAUCUACCUAAGUGUCCAGAAACAACCAAGGCCAACUUGUUUGCUGAUGACACAAAUCUUUCGUGUGCCGGCUUAGAUGCCAAUGAAAUCGAGACUAAACUUAAAAGAGAUCUUGAGAAUGUUCAUACUUGGCUUAGAUGUAACAAACUCACGCUAAACGAUAGCAAAACGGAAUUUAUGAUAAUUGGCUCUAGACAUCAUCUUACUAAAUUUGAAGACAACCCAGAGACUUCAUUAGCCAUACGAGAUAAUAAUAUUAAACGGGUCACCAACAAAAAAUCUCUUGGUUUUAUCAUCGACGAUCAAUUAAAGUGGGGUAUACACAUUGACGCACAAUGUAAAAAAAUCUCAAAAAAUAUUGCAUUACUAAGAAGAGCCAAGUCCUUUGUUCCUUUACACAUUCUAAUCAAAAUGUAUAAUGCUCUAGUAUCUCCUCACCUGACAUAUUGCUCAACAAUAUGGAAUGAUGGAUCUAAUACCAUUCUUAACAAACUCUCUAAGUUACAAAGAAGAGCAGCUCGGGUUAUCACAGGACAAUCAUACGAUGUUCGUUCCACUCAAAUACUAGAAAGUCUCAAUUGGAUGCCAAUUGAAGACAUUUUAAAGAAAAGAGAAAUCAUUAUGACGUUUAAAGCUUUAACUAACAGACUACCUGAUUAUGUGCAGAAUUUCUUCACGAGAUGCGAAAAUAGUAAUUAUUCUCUAAGAAGCAAUAAUGUUAAACUAUCUUUGCCUAAACCAAGAACUAACUUUCUUAAAAGAAGUUUCUCUUAUAGAGCAGCACAAGGGUGGAACGAAUUAUCGGAUGAAGUAACUAAUAACAUUCAGGAUUUAUCUUUACCCGAUUUCAAACGGCGUUUAACCCUUAAGCUUGCACAUGAAUAAUGUAUAAUGCAUUUCCGAAAUUAAUGGAGUGUGUAAUAAUUAUGUGCUGUAAUUAACUGUAAAUAUCCAUAGUUAAUGUGUGUUUAAUACUAUAUAGCACGGCCCUUUGAAAAACAGACUGUAUAUAUUAUACUGAAUAGGCUACCGUGUUAAAAGAAAUUUUAUUAAAGAUUAAAGAUUAACCACAGCACCUCUCUUCGAAAAGCUCAUAAACCUCGCAAGAAACAGUUUGUGCAAAUACUGUCUCUAACAAAUUGCAUAGCUUUCGAAAUUCCAUAGGCGAAACUUCGUCAACAUUAUUCGACCUUGAAGAACGCAUACUUGGUCGGGAAAGAAAACAUUCGUUAGCCCUAUUCAAUUGGUUUGGGCCCAUUUAACCAAUUACGUAAAAGGUACAGGCAUGACGUAACAGAUUGUACACGCGCUAAGUACGAACUCCUGGACGCACACUAAGUACGAACACAUGGACGUACGAACGCUUGGACGUACACCCCCUGUUGACGUCAUACAUUCGCUUGAAUUACUUCCGUUAUUGAAUGGGGUUACCUACUAACGCAUUAAAAACAAUAGAUAAUCAGAUGAAAUGCCUGUGCUGACUGUUUAUUUCGUAGUGUAAGUCAUCAGCUUUACAAAACAGAAAAUUGUCAUGCCCAAAUAAGAGCCCUUGCAAUGCCACAUUUAAUAAACGAGUUACGAAGGGAGUGAUAAGAAAUUGUUUAUCUCGUAAACACGUUGUUUUAAUCCACAUUUUUGAGUGACGUGCCUGCUUUAGCCUAUACCUGCUCUUACUGUUCUUGGUUGUCGGCGACCCUAUACAGUUCUUGCCGUGUCUUUUUCAAUGAAACUUUACACUAUCCUUGGAUCCCUAGUUGUAUGUUUGUUGCUAAAGUGACUCGGUCGUGGUGAUCAGAUAUUGAUUUAUCCAUUGUUUUGUCGGUAAUUGAUGUGAAAAAUUAAUUGUCUUUUAGGAUAUUCAGCAGUGAUGAUGCUAAGGAAUUAUGUGAAAAGAACAGAAAAGCAGCCGUACUGACAGGUCGUGCAGAUUUAGUAGAAACAUGGUCACUUCUUGGGUUGAUAAUGGAUUCAGAACUUAAACCUUCACCAUCUGCAUCGGAAACUCCCUGGGCAAGUCAUCCGUUUGGAAGAAAACUUCUUCAGUCGCUGUAAGAUUAUUUUGAUACUGAAUGCUAAAAAACGUUGCUGUUGGGUGCAUUCUGGGGUAUGAAAUCACACUCCCAGCUAUACAAAUUGUAUGUGAUAUUUUUUGUUCAGGUUGAAGUACUAUACUGAAAUUCAUGACAUUCAGAUGUUAGCAAUGAUAUCCUGUCUCCUUGAAUAUGAAUCCCUCCCAGAAACAUUUGACACUAGCGUAUCAGUAUCUAGCCCUGAUGAAAAUAAACACAAUGAAUAUCGAGAUGUAAGUAAAUUAACGAAGAUAUGUCUUUUACACUGUAAUACCCUCUUGCCAUUAACACAGUCAAAGCAAAUCAGAAGGAUCAAUUUGUUCAAUGGAACACCAAACGUUUGGACCGAUCUGACCGGAACAUUUGAUUCAAAUUAGAAGGAAUCAGUAAGGUCAUUGUCAACCUCGUCCCCAGGGCAUUUUGCCUCCACGGCUGAAGGUCGGCGAAAAUGGCCCUGGGAUCGACUGAUCAAUUUUAUAAUUUCAUUGCUCUGUUUAAAAACGCAUUAAUUGUUUCGCAGUUUAAUUUAUUCAAAUUCAAAUAACUUUUUUGUCUUCAAAUUAUAUGCUAAACUUAAGAAAAUACAAAGAGUAUAGUCAAGCUAGUCAAGAUUCACUUACGUCCUAUUAUUAGAUCAUUACCUCGCAUUUAUUAUUCGUAAACAAACAACAAAGAUUUUUUUCACAUAAAUUUUCGUAUCAAAACACCCAGAAAUUCUGGGUGUCAUGUGACCAGCCGAUCCCAUGCAGGGCCAUUUUCGCCGACCUUCAGUCCUUAAGAAGCCGCGAUUGCUUUAGAUCACCCUUGAUGAAGACACUAGACUGGAGUGUCGAAACGUUGGGUCCUGAUUACAAUUCGACUGGGCUUUGUAAUCAUUUAUUUAAACCAGAGUAGCGAGCGAAACAUGAUUAGGUGAUUAUAGGUAGGCAUUGACAUAUACCUACUAAAACUGUCUGUACCAGUGUAAGUAGUACCAAUGUGAAAAUGCUGUGCUGAGUGGUUAUAUUACUACCUUAAAAAACAAGCAGAAACUCGACGUUUCGAGCGAAUGCCCUUCGUCAAGAGUUAGUAGCCUGUUUUACCUGGCCGUCGCCCAAUUGACGAAUUUCCUUUUAAUUGUAAUACCAAAGCUCAGUACUAACUCUUGACGAAGGGCCUUCGCUCGAAACGUCGAGUUUCUGCCUGUUUUUUAAGGUAGUAAUAUAACCACUCAGCACAGCAUUGACAUAUACCUUUGCCAUCCAUUUCCCCUCGGCUGUGACGCGUCUGGAGCUAGCUGCGACACGUUCUCCACAUUCUACCUCUGACUGAAAAUUAUUUAGCCCCAUCUAAUCUCAGUCUCCCUUCAGUUAAACGUAUUGUGUGGGGAAGCUUGCAGUUCUUAUAUAUGACUCUCUAAAGCGAAGAUCUCUUUUACGAAAGCGAGGCUCUGUGGCCAUAGUAGGGUCAAACGGCACAUGCAAUGACAGUGUUUUACCUGGCCGUCGCCCAAUUGACGAAUUUCCUUUUAAUUGUAAUUACCAAAGCUCAGUACUUCUUAUAGUUCACAUAGCUACAGCAUUCUGAUAGUGCAGAGAAAACAACGAAAAAUGUGUUCAUUGUCCGCCCUUUGUGCAUGCAUAGAAAAUUAUGGGUUAUGUUGCACGUCCGCUUAUGUCAGGAAAAAGAAACACCUCUCAAUUUUGAGGUGUAGAUUACCCAAGGUUUCCUAUAUAUUUGAUCGCUUAAAAUGUCGGAGUGUAAAGUUUAACUUUUUUCUUCUUUUUGAUAAAGCAACGCAUAUCUAAGAAUUUUGGGUUACUUGAAGAAGAACCCCCAAAUUUUGAGGAGGCUUUGUCAAGCAGUCACUCGUCGUUUUACAGCGAAAAUUGUUCUCCUGCUUUCACGAUUAUCAACUUCCCAGCAGAAGAAGAACGAAAGCACCAUGAAAAUAACUGCAGGUACUAUUUCAGUUGUGAUUAUUAUUAGAUAUUUACUAUUGUGUAUUAGUAUAAAUGUUGCAUAUCAAAUGAGCUUUCGCGCGUUCUGAUUGGCUAGUUGACUAGGAAAUCUGACGCACUAUUUACCACCUGACUAGUAAAUAAUGCUUUUCAAAAAGAAUGAUUGCGCAAAUGUGGUUUCAAAAUCGACGAAAUUUUUUUUAAAACAAAUAUAGCAAAAACUGUCCCGACUUUUGGGAAAAACCUUGCCCGGCGUGAUAUUCUUUUAAAACCAUUUUGUUUUGUAUCCUAUAGAUAUCUCAAUUUCAUUGUGCUGUAUAGUGUUCUGCCGCUGUUAUGUAUUGUGUUUUCGAAACUUGUAAAGUGAAAAGUGUAUUAAAAUUUUAUUUCGAGGCAUUCGAGCAAUAGUUUUACAUUCCACUUUACCAAUUUCCUGAACAAAAUAAUGCUAAACAGAAACUAUUUUUUAAUUCUAAUUCAGGUGAAAAAGUCAUCCCAUCAUUCUGUUUAUAUUCUAAGCAGACAUCGAGAAAAACAACUUUGUAAUAAAGCAAUAAAGUCACACAUGAAGCCAUUUUGAAAGCGUGCGUGUACAAGAAACACUGCAACACUAAAACAGUAACCGUAAAACCGGCCGAAAAAUUUUAAUUAAACUGAUAUUCGGAUAUUUUGUUUUAUUCAUUAAAAAUUUAUACUAAAACAAUUAUUCGCCUCAGGCUCAGUGAUUACAGAAAUUAAUACAUAUACAAGGGCAAUUUUUAAGUUCUUUAGAUACGUAUUCGUCAAGAAAACUAUACUUUUCUGAAAACUCAUUAUGCGAUGUGAUGUCACACGGGUGAUAUUUGCAUAUGAAACAAAGUUGAAUAUCUUGAAAAGGGAGCAAGUUACCAAAAUUCUAUAAAAUAAAUUAUUAAGUCAUUUUAAGUGAUCUUUACAAUGCAACCAUAAACCUUUGAGGUGAAAUUUCGUUUCAUAGGCACUUUAAGGAUCAACAUGACUGGUGCUGUAUGAGUAAUAAACACACACUGCUUGUUUCAAAUAAUUUCGUUAAACACAAGCAAUGGAACAAAACAUUCAUUUUGCUACAUUCAUUUUAAAAACAAAGUUCAACAUAUAAAAAACAGUGAUAGUCGUAAGUGGUGGAAAAUCAUUAACAAAAUGUCUGGCAAACCCGAAACAACAAAGCCUUUCACCUUAGAACGCGAUGGUGAAAUCCUAAACAAUUUACAAGCUUCCAAUGCCCUUAACGAAUUCUAUACUUUUAAUUUAUUUUUUUUUAAUUUAACAAAUUUAUUUGGAUCAAUGUAUAUAUAUAUAUAUAUAACACAUUUGAAAGCUAGAUCCAAAACGGCAAGGUACGAACGGGACUCUUUGAAAAGUUCCUAUGCAAGGCACCUUCCGGCGUCCAAUUAUAUGAUUAUAUGUACAGUUAUAUACUUAUAUACACAUAGUAUAGAUAUACGCUCGCUCAUGCACAGACAAAGCACACAUAGAGACGGGUUACACACACAGACAGGUUACACACACAGACAGGUUACACACAGACGCUUAAAGGCCAUUUCCCACCGCAGUCGCCCCGCACGCGCGAUUUUAUCAUGUGAAAAAAUUUGUUCUACUUUCAUGGCGUGUCCGCGAGCAUUCAGGCGGACAAAAAUGAAUGUCCUUUCCGCUCGCGCGGGCAAAGCGACUGCACUGGAAAAUAGCCCCAAAGAUGGUCUAUUAAACACACAUUUAUUUUCGCUGUUUUCUGUGACAGGGACAGUCACGCACCGAGAACCAAGUACAGGGUAGGUCAACAUCAUAUACAGAGCGUAGAAGUUCUAAAUAGCUGCGUUUAAGAAAGUUUUUGAAAGAGAUAGGGCUAGAGAAUGUAUCUGGAUUGACAUCUUGACAUACAUUGUUCCACGGUUUGACAAUACGGUUGAAAUAAGAUGAUUGAAACGUAGCAGUUCUACACAUAGGAGUUUGAAGCAUUACACCAGUAUCUUGGCUAAGUCGAGUACGUCCAUGUUGAAUAAAAGAGACGCAAUUGUUAUGUUAAGAUCGACGUAACCGUACAACGCCUUGAAGAAAAAUACGAGAUCUUUCAUCUCUCUAUCGUAAGAGAGUGGUAAGAGUUCCAAUUUCAACAGCCGUUGCUUGUAUGGCAUUUCACAAGUCCCGGUCCUUAGAAUCCAUUUCGUGGCUCUUCUUUGUACUCUUUCAAUUCUUUCACUGAGUUGUCUGUUUUGAGUAGGCGACCAAACUUGUGUUGCAUAGCUGAGCUUCGACUUCACCAGCGAAAGAUACAGUGUACGUCGGAUGUUGAUGUCUGUGAGUGAGUAGCAAGUCCUCUUAAGCACGCCUAGCUGCCUAUUCGCUUUCGAUACCAUUUCGUUGAUAUGUAAGUUCCACUGUAGUUUACUGGAGAAGAUUACGCCAAGGUCUUUCUCGUCGUCAACUCUCGACAGCUAUGUCGACCCGAGGCGAACUUCCGUUAACUUACUUCCGUUAACGCUGAUAUUCCGCCAUUAGAUGUGAACUUAUUACCACCGUUUUUACCAUCAAAUGAAAGCGUACCUGCAGUUGAAUGUUACCAAGUCUGUAAGAAACUCCAAACUGUCCAUUCUUUCAAAGCCCCCGGACCUGACAAUAUUUCACCUCGAAUUUUAAAGGAGUAUGCUCACGUGCUAGCUGAGCCGAUCACCAUUAUUUUUAAUACAUCCCUUGCUUCAGGAGUUGUGCCGAGUAGUUGGAAGGAAUCGAACAUAGUCCCAAUCCCUAAAACAUGUAAACCGAUUGCUGAAGCCGACACUAGGCCUAUAUCACUAACAUCGUGCUUGUCUAAAGUUUUACAGGAUUUCGUAGUAUCUUGGCUGAUUGAGGAUGUAAAAGAAAAAAUCGACCCCAGCCAAUUCGGUUGCCUGAAAGGGACAUCCACCACUUUUUGCCUUCUGGAUAUGUUACAUACUUAGCUUUCCCAUCUUGACGGACUCGGUAAUCAUCUGCGUAUUUGUUUCCUGGACUUCUCCAAAGCCUUCGACCGCAUAGGUUACAAUCUAUUAAUUGAGAAACUGAUAAAUUUGGGUGCUAGAUGCUCAUUAAUCCCUUGGAUCGUCAACUUCCUCUCAAAUCGAAGGCAGCGUGUUAAAUUUGACGGAGCAACCUCUGACUAGCUUCCAGUGAAUGCAGGUGUUCCUCAGGGGACAAAACUAGGUCCAAUCUUGUUCCUAGUAAUGGUCAAUAACCUGCGAAUCACUUCUCCCGACACUAGAAUGUGGAAAUACGUAGACGACGUUUCAACCUCUGAGAGUCUUAGCAGAAAUUGCACCUCUAUCACUCAAUCAACCCUUAAUUCAGUUCAGUUGUGGUCUUCCGAUAAUUGGAUGAAACUUAAUAUCAAAAAAUGCAAAGAGCUUCGUGUUAGUUUCCUUGGAGAAACCCCCCAAUUAAUGCCUCUGUUAAUCGAUGGACACCCAAUUGAGACAGUGCGUACACAUAAAGUAUUGGGACUUACGAUCGAAAACAACCUGAAAUGGGAUGAACAUAUCCAUGAAAUAGUCUCGAAAGCAUCCAAACGAUUGCAUAUCCUCCGGGUGUUGCGCCGAAGUGGUAUUCCUCCUGCAGACCUUCUCACUGUGUAUAUUGCGUUAAUACGCUCAAUCCUUGAAUACUCUUGUGAAGUUUGGCACAACUCUAUCUCAUGCUAUUUAUCAGACAAACUUGAAAAAAUCCAAAAGCGAGCCUUGCGUAUUGUAUACCCUGAACAAACUUAUGAAGAUGCGUUGCUGUCGGCUGGUAUCACCAAAUUGGAGACUAGACGCGAAGAGCUAUGUUUGAAGACACUCACGAAGAUAACCAGAGGUGGUCCGCUUACACAACACGUGACCCAGACUAGAUCGAACGAGCAUAAUUAUUUUAUUAGAUCAUUAAAUAAUUUAUCAACUUAUAAAUGUCGAACUGAUCGGUUUAAAAAUAGCUUUUUCCCAAAUACAAUUAAUAUUGCUAAUAGUAACCAGUGACUGGUGAGACUUGAUUUUAACUUUGUCCUAACAACCAUUGUAAAUAAUCUUAUAUUAUUAUAGUAUUUUAAUGUAAGCACUUUGUACUUCACUUUAUGUGCGAAAUUGUGCUAUUAAACAUCGUCUUAUCUUAUCUUAUCUUAUCUUAUAUGUUGUAUAUGUUGAUGCUUUGUCUUGAUUAAAAUAUUGGUCAUUGUUACAUAUUCCCGUUGCUGAUGAUAAUUAAAAACCUGAAAUUUUAUUCUCCUAAUAUGGCUUUUUCGGAAAUAAUUACAAAGUGGAUAAGAAAAUAUUAUAUGUACUAGAAAAUGUACAUAUUUACAAAUAGAGUCACUAAAAUAUUGAAAUUAUGACACGAACGUUUUGUUGUUUCAAGGUUUAUUGAAAAAGAAAAGCGACAAUUAUUUGACCAUUAUAAAUUAUGUUAUGCUGAUCUUCUAUACAAGUGUCAAUUGAGCAAUAGAAGGAGUGAAGUGCUGAAGUUUGUCUCAAAUCCACCAAGAUAUAUUUGUGAGAAAGGUAACACACUAUACUGACCCGAGAAAGCUGUACAAUAAAAAUUGAGGUUAAAGCCAAAGGGAGGAAAAUUUCGGUCUCAUUGGAUUAGGGGUUAGCUUUGAGCUGGGCAACUCCUUUUAUACUAACGUUCCUUGAUACACAUGAAAGGUCAAUUUUCAUACAACCUCAAGCAGAUAAUGAUAAAACUUUGUAUUAUUCAAUCGUUCGGUUAGAUCGUAAUAGAUGCGGUGGUGGUGUGGUUCUUUAUAUAAAAAAAAAACAAUAUUCCAUAUGUUGAAAGACAGGAUUUAGUCUCUGAUGACCUUGAAAUUAUAUAUAUUGAAGUUAAUAGAAAGCAUAGUAAACUCUUCUUGAUAGGUACAUGGUAUCGACCACCUAGUUCUGAUAUUGACAUAUUUAAUGACUUUGAACUAUUUCUUUUUAAAUGUGAUAUAAAAGAUAAGGAAAUAAUUUUGCUUGGGGACUUAAACUGUGAUUUAGUAAGGUGCAUCAGGACUUCUGCACUCGAAAGCUACAAGCAUUGUGCUCCCUAUAUCAAUUAACACAAGUUAUAAAUGAACCUACGAGAGUCACUGAGACUACAUCUUCACUUAUUGACGUUAUUCUGACACUAAAUACCCCUGAAAAUAUUUUGACAUCAGGUGUCUUACAAAUGGCAUCUCUGAUCAAAGUUUAGUAUAUACUGUCCGCAAAUUUAAAUUUUCUAAAUUUAGACCUGCUGUAAAAGAAGUCCGGGACUUUCGGGACAUCUAUUUUUUCACGAAAUCCUAAACAAGCAUGCACCUCUUCGACAUAGAAGAACUAAAGCUAAUCCAGUUCCUUGGAUUACGCCCACUAUCAAGCACUUACUAAGGGAAAGAGAUUAUCAUAAAAAAAGGCUAUAAAAUUUAACUCUACAAUACACUGGGAAAAGUAUCAGUUUAUGCGGAAUAAAAUAAAUACACGAAUGCGUAAAACAAAAGCCGAUUUCGAUCAUAGAGAGAUUGGAGAGUGUGCUAAAUUAAACGAUUUGAAAAAAACCUGGUCGCUUUUAAACUCUCUUACUGGAAAGAAUAAUAAAGCUAACAGUAUUACAGAAAUAUCUGUUAAUAAUUGUAACAUUACCAACUCGAAACUUAUUGCCGAGGCCUAUAAUAAAUAUUUCGUUAACAUAAGCCCAAAGUUGGCAUCUGAGGCAAAUCAUGACCUCCCUGAAGAGGAAAUGAAGAACUGUUACAUUCCUAACCCUCAAAUAAACACAGAAUUUCAGUUUCAGCAAAUUAAUGUAGCCUUUGUUUUAGUGACCAAGACUAACAAAUCUACUAGUUUGGAUAAAAUUCCAGCCUUAAAAGUCCUCAAACUGACUGCAGACACCAUAGCUCCGUCACUGUCCUAUAUAUAGUUACUUUAUCACUCGAAACAGGGAUCUAUGUUCACGACUGGAAACGGGCUCGAGUGAAUCCAAUUUAUAAAUCAGACGACAGACAUAAUGUGAAAAUUAUAGGCCGAUUUCUAUACUGCCAAUCGUAAGUAAGGUUUUUGACAAAUUUAUAGCUUUGUUUCUGAUAAUUUCUCCAAGUUUCAAUCGGGAUUUCGACCUAAACACUCUACACUGUCCUCUUUGAUACAAAUGGCGACGAUUUACUUGAGAAUAUGGAUAAUGGGAAAAUAAAUUGUGUCGUGUUUCUUGAUGUACGUAUGGCCUUUGAUUGCAUAAAACAUGAAAUACUAUUAAUUAAAAAAGAUGCUUAACUAUUUUGGUAUAUCAGGAAUUCCACCAAAUUGGUUCAAGUCUUAUCUAUCUAAUCAGAGCAGCAAUGCCUGGUAAACGGUCAUUUAUCGAGCCCGAGAAAGAUAAAAUGUGGUGAACCGCAGGGAUUUAUUUUGGGUCCUUUAUUAUUCCUAUUGUACAUAAACGAUAUGCUUGCAUGACUCCUUAAAAUAUUCAAUUCCAUCCCUUUACACAGAUGACACGGAAAUGUAUCUAUCUUCUAACGAUUGCGAUGACAUUGUUAUUAAAAUAAACCUUGAUCUUGAAAAUAUUCGAAAAUGGAUACUAUGAAAUAAGCUCCAAAUUCAUCCUACAAAAUCAUUGGAUCAGCGUAUAAUAUUAAACACAAGGUAUCUGGUAGCCCUAUUCUCGUUAAUAACGUUCCAAUACCCAGGACUGAAAAUUAUAUUUGUUGCCUUGGUGUCAACAUUGACGAAAGAUUGACCUGGGAAAAACAUAUUGAUAUGCAUAAUAUGCUCAAAAGUCAGUGCGGGUAUCGGGGCUACAAGACGUAUUAGGCCCUUUGUAUCGUCUGCGACACUAAAAUUGAUCUACAAUGCUAUUGCACAGCCAUACUUUGAUUACUGCAGCCCUCUUUGGGACAACUGGAAUUGGCGCAGAAAUUUUGGAACAGAAAUUUUGGAACAGAAAUUUCAAAAUCGGGCUGCAAGAGUAAUUUCUGGUGCAACUUAUACGAUGUUCGGUCGGUUGAUUUAUUAUUUAGAUAGAUUUAUUAAAAAGACCGAUUUAGCAGUCAAGGACUGAAUUACAUCGGUUUACAAGAUUAAAAGGAUUAAAAUACAAAAUACAAUCAGAUUAAGAAUUAUUAUAGUAAUAAUUACAUGGUUAAUUAUAUUAAGUUUUACUAAUGUUAAAAGCUUUACUUCCAGCAAUUAUGAAACUGUUUGCAUAUCUAUUAGUUCUACACCUAGGUAUUGAUAGUUUGUUAUUACCACCCCGAAAGUCUGGGUUGAAAACACUUAGAACUAAGGCGAAAUUAUUUAAAAUCUGUUUUUAUGUAUAAAAUUCUGAAUAACCACACCGCACCAGAUCUAAGAACAUCCUUUCGAUUGAAUAAUGAAUGUGACAAUACCUAUAUAUGAUCUUAGAAAUAGAGAAACCGAUUUGUCUCUUCCUAAACCGAAUACCGAUUUAAAAGAUGCUUCAAAUAUAACGGAGCGGUAGUAUGGAAUAAUUUACCGUAUGAGGUAAACACUUAAAAUUGGCUUGUCCUGUUGCCUAUAUAAUAAUUCUUCUUUCUUUGUUUUUGUAUUUUGUAUAAUCUAGUUAUGUUUAUCUGUACAGUAUAUUCUUUCUAAAAUCACGCCCCUCAUGGAAAUCAGCUAUGAGUUGUUGAGGCCAGUGUGUUUAAAUACAUUUUUGUAUGUAUGUAUGUAUAUGUAUAAUUAUAUGACUUUAUACAUCAUAUAUUUCUGACGUUUUGGAUUGAUAGGGUUACAACUACCUGAAAAAUGAAAGGGGAACUCCUUUCGUCGUGAAGUUAUAGUAGCGGGGGUUGAAACGAAACGAAACAUCGAAGUUCUCCUUGUAUUUUUCAGGUAGUUGCAUGUAUCCCUGUCAAUCCAAAACGUUUUUAUUAUUGGCACCAUGCAUGCACCUACACUGGCCACAGAUAGAUUUAUGAUUCGUAUUUACCUGUUCAUACUUGUAUUCAUAUAUGUUCUUUUUUAUCGGCAGAUAUUCUGUUGAAGUGUCCAUCUUGUCAUGGUCAUUAUUCUGGCUCACAUUGUAAAAACUGUAAACGCUUUGCCUUCCAAUGUAUCAUAUGUCGUAUUGCUGUGAAAGGUAUACUUCAUUUUUAUCCUCUGAUUCGCUUUUGGUGUAAUAAUAUGCGAAAACAUGCAAGACUCUAACGAUGCAGUAGGACACCAUACAUGCACUGAUGCGUUCGUUCACACCAUGCACUAAUCAGUUCACAUGCACGUGUCAGCUUUGUUUACAUAUUUUGUAUCCAAACAAUAUAUAGGGUGUAUAAAAAAGUAGACAAUUCCAAGAUGGUUAUAAACUAAACUGAAAAAUUCUGUGAAUAUAUUUUUUUCCAAAAUUAAUUUUUUCUUAACAAUUCCUCAGUAAAUGUUUCUGAAAUAAAAAUUUGCUGAAACUUUCACGCUUGAAGUAAUUUAUAAGUUCUUAAGAAGGUUAAGCCGUUUUAAAAAAAUUGCAUGACAAUCAGAAAUAGGUCCACCUUUUUACUAGUAUUGCGCCAUGAUCUUUACCCUGUUAAAAUAUGUAGUGGCAAAAAUCGCAAUUGCAUAACUGUUUCCAUGACAACUUCGCAAUAUUUCUGUGUGCGGCAAGUUGAGACGAGGCAUGUAAUAGUAAUAAUGAAAACUUUAUUUCAUAUGAGUAUUCAAAUAGGUUAUUAUACAUUUCUCGGUUAUUGACUAUGGCAGAUGGAAAUUGUCGAGUGGUAAUUUAUAUACAUUCAUUAGACCUAACGAGGAACAGAAGCGAAAAAUGCAACUUUUGGUCCCUGUAUUAUUGCCCAAUAAACGCACGAGACGAGUUUUACUAUUUCUUUUAUAAAAGAAGUAGAAGAUAUUAGAUAGUAAACCAUUUUAUUUCAAAAGAUCAACGUUGAAAUUCUCCUAACAUGUACUCAAUGUGUCACGCGCAUGCUUUUACUAUCACUUGAAUUUUUAUAAGCAGGCGAAGAGGCAAAAACAAUACGGAAUUUUGAUGCUAUAAAGCCGGAAAAAAUUAGCUCAAUUUUAAUUUUUGAAAUUAUUGUCAUUUUAUCUUCUGCCUGUUUCUAGCAGUUUUUAUCAGAAGCAUACUUUCUGAAUGACUUAUGUUCAGUUUUUGUUGCCCUUUUUCUAUGUUUCUGGUAUUUAUACUGUAUCUUUUUCAAGUUUAUUUCUCGGCUAUUUGUCGAGACAACAAUCAAUUAAGUUCGACGAAUGCCAAGCUAAUUUUACAUGUAGAACUAUAGAAAAAUUCCUUUGUUCCGUUGCCUUUGGUCAUUCCUUCCUGCUGUUUGAUAAAUUUUAUUUUUUUAAAAGCUCUAUAGUUUUGUUAACAUUUUUGGCUAAAAAGCAGAGGCUUUGCAAGAACAUAGAACCCAAGUUAAUGCGCACUGAACGGACUGUACUGUCUCUUUGAAAUUAAAGGCGCAUGGCUGAAAUCUCCUGGAAAUGACAUGCGCGCUAAACGGACUGUGCUGCGACUACAUGUGUUUUUGAAAUUAAAGACGUAUGGCUGAAAUCCCCUGAACCUUAUAGCAUUGAUUGUGGACAACAGCGAUUAAAUGGACUGAAAUGAUUCGAUUCCGUUUUAAUUUCACAAUUACCAGACAAUAUCUACAGCUGCCUAACAACAUUUUCUUCUUCUUAUACAUGAGCUCAGUGAGUUCGUUUUUUACAAGCUUUUAUUUUUUCCCAACUUUACAUCACGGUAUUGUAGUACAACGAAACCUAUAGACUUAAUUGUAAUAAAAUCCUUUUAUCAUACAUUAGCCAUUUGGCUUCAUUUGAUUCUAACAUUGAACGUUUAACUUUUUAUAUUGAGCAUGCUAUUGAAGGAAGAGGUUAUUUCGCUGGCCUCAGAGUGACAAAACGUAACAAAGCAACGGUUUUACUAACACUAACUCUAUUCCAAACACCAACUCUAACCUAACCCUACUCCAAAUUUGUUUCUAAACUAAUCUUGAAGAAAAAAGUUUUAACGAAAUGUCAUUCUUGAGGUCAGUGAAAUAACUUCUUCCGCUAUUGAAAGGCAACUUAAUUCAACUAAUUAUUAUCUGACAUUAUAGGUGCGUUUAAUUUCUGUUUAACCUGUGGUCAUGGUGGGCAUACAUUGCAUAUUUUGAAAUGGUUUGAAUCGAAGGACGUGUGUGCAACAGGGUGUGGUUGCCACUGCCCAACUGAAGGCCAUCUUUUUGAUACGCUGUCUUUAUGAAGAAAAAUGAAUUGAAGAUUUCAAGUUUGCUUCAGUGGCAAAAGUGAUAAAGGAUUACUGCCGCAAUGAAAAUCUUAAUUAAAUGAGUUGCGUUUUAUAAUAGUUGAACCUAAUGGAUUAAAGGCUGCUUUCCAGUCACGUGUUGUUCCUAGACAUGCGUAUACGCACGGAAAAGUUGAAAUAUCUUUAAAUGUUACUAUAAAAUAACUGAAUAAAAUGAAAGCAUAUAAUUUUGUGAAUGAUUUAAUGUGCAUUUGUACAGGUAAUUCAUACACUAGUGUUAAUUUAAAAAGAUUUAAAAUUUUUCGCGCGUUUAAAAACGUGUGACUGGAACACAGCCUUUUAAGAAACCUACAGCCUAUAAAUUUGCCAUUUACUCAUUUGUAGACAAGUAAUAGCCAGGGACGCCGGAACUGGGGGGCAGGGAGGGGCAGCUGCCCCUCUUGCCCUUUACCAGGAGGGGCAAGGGGGGCGAAGGUGGCCUUUUGAUUAAAGGAAAAUAUUUGUUAUUUAUACAAAGAAUUCGUUCUUGUUAUUAUAGAACUAUAUAAACUAUAUAUAACAAACUUUUGCUGGAAAACGGCUGUAAGAAAUGUAUGGAAAUUAAGUUUAUAUGAUUCCAGUGUUGUUCCAAUUUGCUGUUAAAGUGCGUGUCACCUCAUAUUUUUCGCAAAGACCUCUGAAAAAAGUUUGGCCGAGAAGGAGGGCGAAGUUAAAAUAACUGUAAAGCGAUAAUAUAUAAAAAGUAAAAUUACUUGAAAGAACUUGAUUUAAACGAGCCUCUUUUUAGCUCAAAUUUCGCGUACGACAACAGUCAUUUUGGGCAUUUUGGGCUGAAUUCUUUUGGCCAGAAAUGCAGUCAUUGAGCUUCAAAAAUAUAUCAAAAUCCUCUGGGGGAGAACCGCAGACCUCCCUAUUUCUUUACAAAUCUGAAACGUGAUUAUGGCAGCGUUAAACUCCAGAUGUUUCGUAAACGUCCUUUAAUAUAUAUAUAUAUAUAAAUUCAAAAGUGCCCCCUUUGCCCUCUCGUCGUUCCGGCGUCCCCUGGUAAUAGCAGUGGAAUGAAAAAUAUAAGAUUGAAUUACAUCUCAAUAUUUUUACAAAGUAACAUUCUACGAUGCUGGGCAUUAAUUUGUAGACUUUUUCCCCCGAUUAUACAAUGUUUAUGUGUGCAUGAAGUCCCAUCCAAACUUUUAUGUUACGAUCAACAUUGUAUGGGGGAAAGCCGGGAGGACUAUUUUGGGAGUGAAUAUUAAAAUCUUUAACAACUGGCCUUCAACAAUGCUAAAAGGACACGCUUUUUUAUAAGAAGUCUAUACGUAUAUUAUUUUCAUGAUUGCAGUUCCAGGUCCCGGUUCUCAGCUGGUUUACAUCAUAUUCGAUGUCUUUUGAACGUAAAUUUCUCUUUCAAAAUUACUUCGACGGGCCUUUCUCUUUUGCGGUUAUUACACAUAGGUAUUUAUCAAUUCGUUCCUCUGAACGUUGAAACGUGGUUAAAUGAAAUUCACUUACCUUAUAUAGUUACUAAUGCUGUUCUCAACAACAGGAUGUGUUCGCACUGCUUGUUCCCAACUUGUUGACAAGUUGUUCCAACAACCUAUCGUCCUGCAAUUCAACAAUUUGUUAACUAGUUGUGAGGGACAAGCUGGUAUAGCAACUUGAUAAAAUAACAGCAUUGUUACAACUUGUUUACAAGCUUGCUACAAGCCUGUACUCUAUAGCGAGCACAUCUUCUUGACAAGUUGUGAGAUUUUUACGUGAGUAUCAGUGUAUGAGGACGGGUGACUCGAAAAGGUGGCCCUCAACGAAACGAUCAUAAAAGAAACGACUACAUUUAGUUAAAAUAUUAAUAAUUCAUAAACCUUGUGGCAAAUCAUGUCAGCCAUGAUGUGUCACGUGGC